AUGGCGUUUGACGAAGAUAUGAAAAUGGCGACUUUUCUAAGGGAAGAAGAUGAAGAAGAAGAAGAACAUCACUAUUCGUUGUCGAGGCUCUCCGUCUGUUCCAACUACGACGGCGAUGAAGCCGACGGCGAACCGUCUGAUUCCGACGAAAAAUUUGUCGGCGGAGGAGAGAAAUCGAUGGAGCAGCUAGAAUUUUCGGAUUCCGAUAAAGGAUCAACGGGAUGUCAAUCGCUUCCGGCGACGCCUCCGAGACGGAGACGGCAGCACGGAGGAGGAAGUUUGGCGGUGAGUUCUCCGGUUUCCGGAGAUAAAGCUUACGCGAGCGAGAACGAGGCGCAGAAGGCGAAACAGGGGAAUAACAAUCAGAGGAGAAGGAGGAGGAAAUUGAGACCGGAGUAUCCACCGUGGGUCGAUAGUAUGCGGAGGAGCUACUUCGAUGAACAUAGCGGUUGCGGCGGAGGAGUGGUGGUGGUGACGAGGCCGAUAGGAGGAGGAAGGCCAUUGUGUAUGGAUUUAGGGGAAGUCAAAGCUUGUAAGGAUUUAGGAUUUGAGCUUGAACCGGGUCGGGUUUCGUAUUCCGGUUCAACCAUGGAUACUAGUAGUGGCGGCAAUUCUCCCAUUUCUUCUAACCACCGUAUUUCCGGUCCCGGUGAUGAUCCCAAAGAGGUGAAAGCGAGGCUGAAGGCUUGGGCUCAGGCUGUGGCUUUUGUAUCUACCAAUCAUCAUCAACCUCCUAAUUCUUUAUGA